ACCAGAUGAUAUUUUAAGAUUUUAUAUUAAUACUAUAACAUACCGAAUGUAAUUCGACAAGUGGGGUAGGGAGAUAGUAGAGUGUAGGCAGAUUUUAUCCUUAUCACGUAGAGAUAGAGAGAUUGUUUCGAUUGAGCCUCGGCAUAAAAAAGCAUAGGUCAAAAUCCAAGCAAUUUGAUGGUCGAGAAGCGAAGCAUGACAAGUAAAAGUGAAAUGAGGGAAUAUAUUAUUCUAUAACAAAGACUUAGACAAGUCUUAGUUUCUAUAUAACAAUUCACUCUGAGAAAGCAAAAGCUCACAAGAUAAUCAUAAUUUGGUUGACUUUUGAUAAUCUCCUAAAUCAAAAAGAGUAAUGGAUCCAAUCCUGUACAAUGCUGCGAUGGAAGGCAAUACAGGAGAUGAUGGUUUUUUACUUGCUGAUUAUCUAAAUAGGGAUGAAGAAAAGGGGUACCAGGUUACUCCAAAGGGUAACACAGUCCUCCACGUCGCAGCUCUCUAUGGCCAAUCAGGUUUUGUGGGACAAGUUAUCGACCUUACUCCUGCAUUGCUGUGCUGUAAGAACAAGAAAAAUGAGACUGCACUUCACUUAGCAGCUAAUAAAGGGCACAAAGACGUGGUGGAGGUAGUACUGCGUGGCAUAGACGUAGCUGGACAAGCUGUGGGGAUCAAUAAGGAGACACUCAUGAGGAUGACAGAUGACGGUGGUGAUACAGCCCUGCACAAGGCCGUGAGGACUGGAUGUGUAGGCACUGUCAAACUCUUGGUGAAAAAAGAUCCUGAUUUCGAGUUUCCAGCUAACAAUGCUGGGGAGACACCACUCUAUCUGGCCGCAGAGUCUGGUCUUGUUAAAUGUUUGUCACUAAUCUUAAAAUAUUGCAACAGACCAACAUACAGUGGUCCAUGUGGUCGAACGGCUUUGCAUGCGGCAAUAAUCCAGAAACACAUGGUUUGUGCGGCAUCACUGUGGGAAUGGAACAAAUCAUUAUGCGAGGAAACUGACAAAUGGGAUUGGAAUCCACUGCAUUAUGCUGUUAAACUAGGAUUGAGAGUAGUAGUUCGUAAAAUGCUGGGGUGGAAGACAUCGUUAGCUUACACUCCCGCAGGCAAUGGAAAUGACUGGGAAACAUCAAUUCAUAUUGCAGCCAAUGAAGGUCGUGUAAACAUGAUACGUGAGCUAUCAUUUCACUGUCCAGAUAGCUUGGAAAUGCUUAACAGCAAUGGCCAAAAUGCUCUUCAUGUUGCCAUAUCGAAUUAUAAAAUAAGAGUAGUCAGAUUCUUAUUGAAUUCUAAAGAAUCUCACAACCUUAUUGACGAGCCAGAUAAUGAUGGCAACAGUCCUCUCCAUUUGCUUGCUGCCUCUGACUGGAUUAGUGUGCCUGUUGAAUUAAGAAGACAUGCCAGUUCAAAGAACAUGUUAUUUAACAAAGAAAACCAGACUCCGCUUGACAUAUCAGUGUCCAGCACAGAGAAAACAAACCUGGCGAAACGGUCAUUCAAGAGGAAUCUUCGCCAUUGUCGAUUAGGACGGCGCGAUUUUGAGAUAAAAUGGAAGAAAAUGCAGAAGCCAGAAGAUGAAACAGAGUCGAACGAGAACACAGCUAAGAGAGAUAAAAAAGGCAAGGUGAAAGAUAUCAUGGAGGCAACUCAAAUACAUCUAGUAGUUGCCACACUACUAGUUACUGUUACCUUCGCAGCAGGUUUCACCUUACCGGGAGGUUUUGAGAGCGAUCUCAAUAGCUCUAAUAAAGGGAUGGCGAUUCUAAUAAGGGAAACAGCGUUCCGUGCAUUUGUUGUCUCAGAUGCCAUUGCCUUUACAUGCUCUACUUGUGCUGUAUUCAGCUACUUCUACAUUGCAAUAAAUGCAGUAAAUGCAAAAAAAUUAGUACUUAUAACUGCGCGCUAUAAAAUAGCAAUUCUUUUGCAGCGUUUAGCGAUGUCAGCAGUUGUAAUUGCAUUUAUAACUGGUAUGUAUGCUACUUUAGCACAUUCAGUUGGUCUCGCUGUUACUGUCUGUGUCAUCGGCUGCAUCACUUUCCCUGUGUUCUAUCUUCUGUCAAAUGUUAGGCGUCUGGUUAAUUGGUAAUAGAUUCAAUCUCACAUAUGAUUAUUGAAUAUAUUUUUGUGAACGUUAUUUGAUAUAAAUAUAUGGCAUCUGAUAAUCUUUUAUCAUAGUUAUUA